AUGGAAGUUCAUCGUGGUGGUGUCGGCCGUGUGCCACUUAAAUCAACCGGACAUUCGGCUCCUCUCCGCGACGGCCCUCAAUAUCAUUGCCGUCCACAAAAUCAGUGGGCUCCUGAUAAAGAAGUGGAGAAAUGGGAGAAAGAAAUUCACGAUAUUUUUGCUGCAGAAGAGCACAAAUUCGAAGAAGCCGAAAUCUUGGAUUCGUCAAAAGAUUUCCCGACUCAUUCCGGGAUUCAGACACCCGUUCUCAACGCAGUUAUUGGACAAAAACCGAAAGAAAUCACUGAGCGCCGUGAGGAAGAACUGAAAUCGACCCCUGCACUCGAAAAUCGUGAAGAAUUCCCUUCGCUUGGAAAAGAUUUGAAUGAGGAAGCCCCGCAACUUUUCGGAACAUCACGUCAAGAACUCAUUGAAUCAGAGAAAAUGCCGAGACAUGGAGUAUCGCUUGAAGAAUUCAUCGAUAAUGAUAGAGCUGGUCAAACGCCUCAAAACAUUGAAGGAAAAGUGUGCGAACAUCGCUCAGAAACAGCUCCAGAUUCCGGAAUUCAGCUUGGAAAAGGAUUGAAAAAAGAGCUUGCAAAACCACAAGCUCAAUCACAUCGUUUUGAGGAAGCGGAGAUCCUUCAAGAAGCACGCGAUUUCCCAGCUCAUUCCGGUAUUCAGACACCCGUCCUUGAAAGAGCAAUUCAUGGAGAUCAACCCGAGUUGAAUCCACCGAGUGAAACUGACAAGGAAAAGAAAGAAAUGAAAGAAGUUCAUUCAAUGGUUGAUGAUGUAAAACAUGCAGCACAAGUGGUUGGAUCGAAGAUUGCUGCGGGUGCGCAUGAAGUGAAAGAAAUGCUUUCCGAUGCAGUCCAUCAUCUCACAACAACCACUGAAGCCAGCGAUUCGGCUAAGAGCGCCACCGAUGAAACUGGCUACAACACUUGCGCU